GUUGUGAAAUCUUCUGACCUGACCCUUGGAUCUAAGCUUCAAAAUGUGCAGUUGGUGUUCAAUCCUGACCCACAGUUUCAAGGAGUGAAAUGUUCUAAAUUAAGCUCAGAAACAAAGUUUCAAGAUGUGGAAUCUGUGAAUGUCAAACCUGGGCCACAGCUGAGAGGUGUGAAAUCUUCUGAAUUGAUACAGGGGACAAAGCUUCAAAAAGUGAAGUCCGUGGACUUCAAGUCAGGCCCCCAGUUGGAAGAUAUGACAUCAUCUAGGUUGAUUAUGGGUAUAAAGCUUCAAGACGUAAAAUCUAUGAAUUUCAAGUCUGGACCACACUUGAAGGAUGGGAAAUCUUCACAAGUGAUCCCAAGGGAAGAGCUUCGAGGUGUGAAAUCUGCAGAACUGAAAGCUAAUCCAAAGUUAAAGAAGAAAUCUUCUGAUUUGACCCUGGAGGGGAAGUUUUCAGGUAUGAAAGCAGGCCCACAGGUACAAGAUGUGAAAUGUUCUGAGUUGAUCAUGGGUAUAACGCUUCAAGAUAAAAAAUCGGGAGGGUUUGGUUCUAGAUCACACAUGCAAGGUAUGAGAUCUUCUGAAGUGAUCCCAGGGUCAAAACUUCAACAAGUGAAACCCUCUGAGUUCAACCACGGUCCAAAGCUACAAGGUGGGAAAUCUGAUUUAAUUCAGAUGAGGAAGCUUCAAGGUGUGAAGUCUGUGGAGUUCAACCCCGGACCACAGAGACAGGGUGAGAAAUCUGAUUUGAAGCUAGAGUGCAGGCUCCAAGAUUUGAAAUCUGUUGAGUUAAAACCGGCUCUGCAGUUACAAGGUGUACCAUCUUCUGAGUUAGCACCAAAAACAAAGCUUCAAAGUGGAGAAUCUGUGGAGUUCCUUACCAGACCCACGUGGCAAGACAUGAAACCUCUUGAAUUGACUCUCGGUGCAAAGACCCAAGAUGUGAAAUCUUUGGGGUUUGAGUCAGUCCCACAGUUAAAAAAUAGGAAUUCUAUGUUGACACCAGGAUCACACAUUCAAGGCAUGAAAUCUCUGAAAUUCAGCCCUGGGGCAACGUUGCAAGGUGCAAAAUCUCCUGAGUCUGUAAAGCUUCAAAUAAUGAAAACCACAGAGGUCAACCAGGACCUAGAGUUCCAGGUUGCAAAACCCUCUGAGUUAGCCUUGGAAUCAAAGAUUUGCAGUGUGAUACCUUCCGAGUUCAAUGCUGGGAAGCAGCAGCAAGAAGAGAAGUCUUUUAAGUUGAAACCAUGGCCAGAGCUUCCAAGUGUGAAAUUUGUGGUAUACAGCCCUGGACCACAUUUGCAACAUAUAUAAUCUUCAGAAUUGUGCAAAGAGACAAAGCUCCAAGAUGUGAAAUCUAAGGAAUCCAAUCCUGAGCAGCAGUGGCAAGAUGUUAAAUCCUCUGAGUUAUGCCAGGGAUCAAGGUUUCAAGGUAUGCCAUCCUUCAAGUUCAAUCCUGGGCCACAGUUACAAGAGAUAAAACCUGAGUUGUGCACAGACAGGAAGCUUCCAUAUGAGCCAUUUCUGGAAACGAAGCAUCAGCCUAAAUUAUAA